AUGUAUGACCCACACAAAACCCUGAAGCAGCGGUUUGAGAACUGGCUUAAAACCCACAGCAAAUUAUACGGAGGAAGAGAUGAGUGGAUGCUACGGUUUGGGAUAUACCAGUCUAACGUCCAGUUGAUUGACUACAUCAACUCCCUCCACUUGCCCUUUAAGUUAACGGAUAACAGAUUCGCGGACAUGACCAAUUCUGAGUUUAAGGCCCAUUUUCUCGGUUUGAACACGUCUUUCUCGAGGUUACACAGGAAAGAGAGGCCGGUUUGUGACCCAACAGGCGAUGUGCCGGCUGCUGUAGACUGGAGGAAACAAGGUGCUGUGACUCCUAUUAGAAAUCAAGGAAAAUGCGGAGGUUGCUGGGCAUUCUCUGCA